ACAAUAUUAUGGCACAUAUUAGCAAAAGAGAGUUUGACGUCCUUGAUUUAUCUGGCCAAAAGUAUUUGGAAUGGAAAGUCGACGCUUUGGCACAUUUGAAAGCAAAUGCCCUUGAAAAUACAAUUGCUGAAAAUAAUUCAGCCACUCCCCAAAAUAAGGCAAAAGCCAUCAUCUUUCUUCGUCAUCAUCUUCAUGAAAGUUUGAAAUCUGAGUAUUUAUCGGUAGAUGACCCUAAAGAAUUAUGGGAUAAUCUCCAAGAAAGGUAUGACCAUCAACAAAAGGUCCUUUUACCAAAAGCUCAAUAUGACUGGAUCAAUUUACGAUUCCAGGAUUACAAAUCUGUAAGUGACUACAAUUCUGCUUUGUUCCAAAUAACAUCAAAACUAAAGUUAUGCGGACAAAAAGUCACUGAUGCUAAAAUGUUGGAGAAAACUUUGUCCACUAUGCAUGUUUCAAAUGUCCUUUUACCAAAAGCUCAAUAUGACUGGAUCAAUUUACGAUUCCAGGAUUACAAAUCUGUAAGUGACUACAAUUCUGCUUUGUUCCAAAUAACAUCAAAACUAAAGUUAUGCGGACAAAAAGUCACUGAUGCUAAAAUGUUGGAGAAAACUUUGUCCACUAUGCAUGUUUCAAAUGUGCUUUUACAAGA